UCCUGCUCAGGAAUGCAGGCAGGAGGUGGCUGGCAAGAGACCUUGAAAGGAGCUGGAGCUAUUGGCAGCCUUGGAGGCCCAUCUUAGCUUAAGCAAGAGAAACUUUUUCCUUGGUAGACUCUUGGCCAGGGGACACAUUCCCCCAGGAUUCCCAGGCGGAAGUUCCAGUGGCGGUGACAGCAGCAGCAGGUGUGUACCUUCAGAGAUCAGUCUCGUUUCAGGUAGAAAUACCGCUGAAGUGGCCCAAAGUGACGUGUUCUUUCAUCAUCCUCUUCCCCAAGGACACAGUGAGGACUCAAUGGAGACAGUUGUGAUUGUGGCCAUUGGCGUUCUGGCGACCAUCUUUCUGGCUUCUUUUGUAGCCCUAGUUGUGGUUUGUAGGCAGCGUUACUGUCGACCCAAGGACUUCUUAAACCACUAUGAUACCAGGCCCAUUGUUGACCUUAUGGGCACGACAGAGACACAAUCAGAACCCUCAGAACUAGAGUUGGAUGAUGUGGUGAUAACAAACCCUCAUAUUGAAGCAAUUCUGGAGAAUGAAGACUGGAUUGAAGACGCUUCGGGCCUGGUCUCCCACUGCAUCGCUAUUCUAAAGAUCUGUCACACCCUCACAGAGAAGCUUGUUGCCAUGACAAUGGGUUCUGGGGCUCAGAUGAAGUCUCCAGCAAGCCUCAACGACAUCAUUGUGGUUGCCAAGCGAAUCAGUCCCAGGGUGGAUGAUGUGGUCCGAUCCAUGUACCCCCCAUUGGACCCUAAGCUUUUGGAUGCCAGGACCACAGCACUGCUGCUCUCAGUGAGCCAUUUGGUCUUGAUCACACGGAAUGCCUGCCACUCUCCCAGCCGUAUGGACUGGAUUGACCAAUCCCUCUCUGCAGCAGAGGAGCACAUGGCUGUGUUGCACGAGGCAGCCCUUGCCUCCGAACCAGAGCGUGGUGUGCCCAGUGCUGAGGGCUUCCUGCAGGAGCAGUCUACUAUUUGAGGCAGGCAUCUGAAGCCAUCAUCGCAGUUCCUCCAUCAUUGCAGCAUCAUCUCCAUCAUUACAGCUUCUCUGCCCUCACCUGGCAUCACUGGCAUAAAUGCAGAGUUUACACAUAGCCUCCUGCAGAGCAUAGUUUGGCUGAAUAGGUCAUAUUCCAGAGCUGAAUUUCUACUCUGCUGCUGCUUUCUGCCAUUUUAUAACUUGGUGCUCCUCUCUCAGAUACAGCCUAGUGGUAUCAAAACAACUUAAAUUUUAGAGUGGGGCUGAGUGGGAGAGAAGCAGGGUAAUUUCUUGACGAUGAGAAUAAUGUAGUUGUGGCAGUUGUUGCUCUAAAAGUAAACCAGGAAAAUGGGACAUGUUGAAUUCUGAAAAUCAUGUGAAUAGGUGAGGCCUAUUUUUGGUAUAGCUGAGAAUUUGAUCACAUACUCGGUGGCAUUGUUGACUUUAAAUAACUGAUCCCUUCUGCCACUAUCACAAGAUGCUUUUGAAAUUCUCCUGUGCUUCUUGGCAUGCAAAACAAAAUGUGUAGUUCUUUGGAUUCUGGUCUAUAUUCCUAAUGUUCUAUUUAUAUAUUUUGUGAUCCACUUACAGUCUAAACUGGUGAUUGUAGACAGCAGAAAAGUUGCAGGAGAAUUUCAUCUUAACCCAAAGCUUUAAAAAAAUAUAGUAUUACUUAGUUCACUUUCAUACUACAUAGUUAUAACACUUUCGUACCAUUUCAACUGCCGUGUCUGUAUCCUACCGAGUCCUGGGAUCUGUAGUGUCAUGUGCAUGAGAGCUUUCCUUCAGAGAAUCCUAAAUACUGUACCUCACAAAACUACACAACCCAGCAUUCCACAGGAAAGAGCUGUGACAGUUAAAGCAGGAUCAAAGUGUUUUAUUUGUGUGGGUUGGAUGAAACCUCCUGCGCAAAAACCCUGCAUGAUUUCUCUCCCUUUGGUAUACAAAUUUUGUAACUUUAGAUAGCAGAUUGUCUUUUCCAUCCCACCUCCUGGCCAUCCAAUCUAUAUAUGAUUUCCGCAUGAGUACAUUCUGCACAUCUGUUCCUUACCUUUUCUUAAACUUGGGUAGCUCAGGCCCAACCUUUAGGGCCCAAAGUUGAACUGCAAAAACCACCCCCAUCUCCCAAGUCAAGGCUGGGCAGGUUAUAUUGGCAAACCUCCGCUGAACAAAAGCUUGCCAAGAAAACCCUAUGUUAGAGCCACCAUAAGUUGGAAACUAUUUGAGGUUAAAAAAAAAAAACAAUCCCAUGUCCCUAAAAAUCUGAUGGUGGUCAAUAAUUUGCUGGUCUUUCAUGACCCCUAAAGUCACCUGCCUGAGAUAGCUAUUUCAAAUCCUUGAGAGAGCCAGCACUGCAUAGUGGUUUAAGCACUGGACUAUGACUCUGGAGAACAGGGUUCUAUUCCUGUUCAGCCAUGGAAACCCACUGAGUGCCUUGGGCAAGUCACUUACUCUCAGCCUCAGGGCAAGGCUAUGGCAAGCCUCCUCUGAACAAAGCUUGGCAAGAAAAUCCCAUGUUAGGGCCACCAUAAGUCGGAAACUAUUUGAAGGCACACAACGCACACAAUAAUAGGUCUGGCCCUCCCUCCCUUAAUUAAACCCAUGCUUGAUGCUAAAGUUAAAGAACAAGAGGGUCAGUUCAACUCUAUCUCUUACCAUCAGACACGGAAGUCUCUUCAUACCAAAGUCUGGGUAUAUGAUCCCAUUGUGACUACCCAGUGGCACUCUGUACCACUUCAAAAAAUACUGUGUUACUAACACUAUUUAUGAUUCUGUGAUUAUUCCAGACAUGUUACUAUAAAGCAGGGUUUCUUAACCGGGGUUCCCUGGAACUUGAGGGUUGUCUAAGAAGAUAGGGAUUCUAUGAGAGAUUGUGAUGGGGGAAAUGUUAAGGGGUUUUUGUUUUGUUUUUUAGCUGUAGAUGUAAUACUUUUUAUGCAGGGCUUCCCUGAGAUCUGGAAAUAGUUUCAAGGAUACCUGUACCUCCAGUAAAAAGGUUUUGUCUGAAAUCUUAGCCAGCUUCAGCGGAAUGGUUGUGACUCAUGCACUUGUUUGCAAGACAAUACAUCUUUCUACCUUGGUCUUUGCACAGAUGUUUCACCUGUUGACCACUCCUAUCACCUCCCUCCCUCCUCAAGUUGCUGCCUUAAAAUAAAAAUUGUGUUUACUAUAA